AUUUAGUUCACUCCCACAAAUUUUAAAUGACUUCGUCCCUGCUUCACUAUCAGAGUGAAACCUAUCGAUUGUAUGGUACAUUCAAAAUCAUAUUGCAAACAAACUCAUUAGGUUUAACCAAAUUUCGAUCAAGAAACAACCAUGGCGUCGGAGGUGCCAAAAUUGAAAUUAGGUUCACAAGGUCUAGUUGUUUCAGCACAGGGAUUGGGAUGUAUGGGUAUGACCGGAAGUCACGGACCCCCGAAAGAGGAAUCUGAUAUGAUCAAGCUCCUCCACCACGCCAUUGACUCCGGCGUCACCUUCCUCGACACCUCAAACGUUUACGGCCCCUUCACCAACGAGAUUCUCAUCGGAAAGGCUUUGAAGGAACGAGGGUUGAGAGAGAAAGUUCAAAUUGCUACAAAAUUUGGAUUCCGAAUGGUCGACGGAAACAUUGAGGUGUGUGGUGAUCCGGCGUAUGUCCGAUCAGCUUGUGAAGAUAGCUUGAAAAGACUUGACAUUGACUGUAUUGAUCUCUACUACGCUCAUAGGAUCGACACUCGUAUCCCAAUUGAAAUCACGAUGGGAGAGCUGAAGAAACUGGUAGAGGAAGGCAAAGUGAAGUACAUAGGCUUAUCAGAAGCAUCAGCUUCAACAAUUAGAAGGGCUCAUGCUGUUCAUCCAAUUACAGCAGUCCAAAAUGAGUGGUCAUUAUGGACAAGAGAUUUGGAAGAUGAAAUUGUUCCUACUUGCAGAGAACUUGGCAUUGGAAUUGUUGCUUAUAGUCCUAUGGGUUGGGGAUUCUUGGCUGCUGGUCCUUCAUUGGUUGAGAACUUGAUACCAAAUGACUUCAGGAAGAACAUGCCAAGAUUUCAAAAUGUUGACCAUAACAAGACUGUAUAUGAGCGAGUAAAUGAAAUGGCAGCAAGAAAAGGAUGCACCUCUGCACAACUAGCAUUUGGCCUGGUUGCACCACCAAGGAAAUGAUGUGAUUCCGAUUCCGGGCACCACAAAGAUUGAAAACUUCAAUCAAAAUAUUGGAGCUUUGUCUGUAAAACUAACACCAGAGGAGAUGGCGGAAUUGGAAUCGUUUGCUUCUGGUGACAUGGUGAAGGGUGAAAGGAAUUUUAUGAUGCAUCUAACGUGGUAUAAUUCUGAGACUCCUUCAUUGUCAUCUUGGAAAGGUGCCCAAGAUUCUGUUUGAUAAAACUGUAGAAAAAUUGUGUAAUAAGAAAAAAUUAUGAAUUGGUUAAAUGAAAUAAUGUGGAAUAAGAAUAAUAAAAUUUAGGAUU